GAUUUCUUGGCAUUGCUGAUUUUAUAAAAAAAAUAAAAGUAAAAACUAAAGAGGUGGCCGAUCUUGAAAUCGAAAAUUAUUGUCGUGUCUCCUAUUAUGGCGCGCUGAAUUGUAUUCAAAAUGGGUUUAGAUUUUGAUGUUUUGGAAUUUUGCAAGAAGUUACGACAGAACAGGCCUCCACCGUACCAGUGCCCAUUAGAAAAAUGCGAUAAAGUGUAUAAAAGCUUGUGUGGCUUACAAUAUCAUUUGGUAAACUACGACCAUGAUAACCCAACUCCGGUAACGCCUGCAGUUGCUAACCACCGGAAAAAGGGGAGAACUAGAGCAGCUGUACCCACAGGUGAUAUUGCCCUACAAAGUCCCCCAAAAGAGGCAUUAACAUUCGCUGAAGCUCAGAAAGUUGUUCAGUUUGAAAUUGAUGGGAAAAUAAGUAGAAUUCCAAUUAAUCUACCAGUGACUGUAAUAUCUUUAGAAGAAUGGGAAAAAAAGAAUGCUGAAUUAGAUAAACCAUUGCCAUUUAUUGAAGCUCCACAUGAACCACAUAUUAAACUACCAGAAGCAAGUUAUAAGCUUGUACCAGACUACAAUGAGAGAGUGUGUGAUGCACCUCCUAGACCUAAUGCAUACAUAAGAUUUAUAGAAAAGUCAGCUGAAGAGUUGGAUGGUGAAGUGGAGUAUGAUGUUGAUGAGGAAGACACUGCUUGGCUGGCAAUCAUAAACAAAACUAGAGCCAAACAAGGACUUCCCCCUGUUUCUGUUGACACAUUAGAACUGCUCAUGGAUAGAUUGGAAAAGGAAUCAUACUUCCAGGCAAGUCAAUCUGGACAACAGACUGCAGCAACAGUAGAUGAAGAUGCAGUGUGCUGCAUUUGUAUGGACGGAGAAUGUCAGAACACAAAUGUUAUCCUCUUUUGUGACAUGUGCAACUUGGCUGUGCAUCAGGAUUGCUAUGGGGUUCCUUACAUUCCUGAAGGACAGUGGUUAUGCCGGAGAUGCUUGCAGUCACCAUCGAGACUUGUCAACUGUGUCUUAUGUCCAAAUACUGGAGGUGCAUUCAAACAAACCGACCAGAGCACAUGGGCGCACGUUGUGUGUGCUUUGUGGAUUCCAGAAGUUAGAUUUGCGAAUACUGUGUUUUUGGAGCCAAUUGAUUCUAUAGAAAUGAUCCCACCAGCCCGAUGGAAGCUACAGUGUAUGGUGUGCAAGCAGCGAGGGGUCGGUGCUUGUAUUCAAUGCCACAGGAGCAACUGCUACUCCGCUUUUCAUGUUACUUGUGCGCAACAAGCUGGUUUAUACAUGAAAAUGGAGGCAGCCGGGUCAGGCAGGGAUCCCAGUCAAGCUGUUCAAGUUGCCAAGAUGGCCUACUGCGACGCGCACACACCGGCUCAUAUACUGCAGGAGCGACGUGUUUUGGAGUCGGAGAGUGAUACCAAGUCGAAUGAUCUGUCGGCAAUAAGGCAGAAGGGGAGAGAUAAAAUAAAACAGGCUCGCCGCGUAUUAGCCUUGAAGCGUACAUGGGCUCCCGUUGUCCUUGUACCGACGUUACCCGCGGAGCGUGUUGCGGAGAUAGCCCAGCUGGCACACGGAACACCGUCCGCCAGGGCUCAGCUGAUGAAGAGGCUCCUCGCUUACUGGACCCUCAAGAGGCACAGCAGAAACGGUGUGCCGCUGUUGAGGAGGCUCCAGAGUUUGACAAGUCACCAUGGGACUCGAGGGAUUCAAGACGGAACAGUAAAUGUUCGUGAACUCUGCAACCAACUGAAAUACUGGCAAAGGAUACGACAGGACUUGGAGAGAGCGAGGUUGUUAUGCGAACUUGUACGCAAGCGUGAGCGUCUAAAGGCAGAAUAUACGCGUGUUUGGGAGCGGUGCGUGUUACACACGCUGCGUCCUGACCGCGCCGCACUACACAAACUGCUGCGUCACUUGCGGCAGAAAGAUGCCAGCGACAUCUUCAGCGAACCCGUCGACACUACCGAGGUACCAGACUAUAGUUCCGUUGUAAAACACCCCAUGGACCUCAGUACUAUGGGGAAGAAGCUAGAUAAAGGAUUGUACAAGACCAUUGAUGAUGUAGAAGCGGACUUCCAGCUCAUGAUUGACAACUGUCUCGCCUACAACAAUAAGGACACGGUCUUCUAUAAGGCUGGUAUAAAAAUGCGCGAACAAUGCAAGCCCAUUUUCCGGCAAGCUCGACGUGACGUGCGCGAAGCGGGAAUGGCCGAACUGUGCGGGGGCGUGGCUAGUGAGAAGGAAGCGUCGCCCGAGGGAACCCCGCCCCCCGGGAGACGAGGUCGGAGUGUUGACCCGCGUCGCUCACGUCAAAGCAGUAGCGAGAGUGAACGGAACGUCACAGUUCAGGAGGCACGCAUCGAGCGCGGCGCAUCUGCAACCCGGAGUGAGAGACGUGCCGCUAGUGUCCAUAGAGCUUCCGAAGAUGAUACUCGUGAUUCUCCCGUGGUGAAGAGUAAAGUGAACUGUAACUGGUGGAGAGGGCGGGGCAGGGGUCGCGGAAGGCGUGGCCGGAGGGGGAGGGGCCGAGCCGCUCCGGCCGUGGCGAGAGAUGUGCGGGAUAAUGACACGGCAACAUCGGAUUCAGAAACAGUGGCUGUUUUGUCGAAGAGGACCGAGCGCACCCAGAAGUUGGCAACACCUGACAAAUCACCCAGCAAAAUGUCCGAUUCUACAGCUGCCUCCCCCGGUCUCAGCCUGCUCGGCGGUCUCCGGAAGUCGACCUUGUUGGUACCACCGUCCACGAUCUCGUCUUCAACGCCGCCGAAGAGCUUCGGAUCUGACGCAACACUGCCUACACUGUCGGAUAAUCUAGCUUCAGUCCAGGAGCAGACUCCACGGAAGAAAGGCCGAGGCAGACCCAGGAAGCAGGACAAAGUUAAGGCUGCCUCCUCACCAGAUCUGUUCAGAUCAGCGCUGGCUGAUAGUAAAACACCAGUGCCGGCCUCUUUCAUGCAGUACCGCGGACCUCCCGGAGAAGUUGGCUCUGACAGUGACCUAGCCCUCUCAAGAUCUUCGAGCAGUAGCAGUCUGUGGUCACACUCUUGUUCGUCGUGCACUCACUACGACGAAGACAACCCCUCUGACAGGACAGGAUCACUGUCCUCUACGGACGCGGGAUCUAGUUGCAAUGAAACGCAGGACUCGACACAAGAUGGUAGCUCUGUGGACCGGCGCCGUAUGCCACGCCGCGCUGCGCUCACUCCUGCGCACGCGCCGCUCGCUAAGGGUCGUGGAACACGUUCGACAACAUUGAAGACUCCAGCGAAAACCACAGACAAUAGCAUGCAGUUGGAGCCACUACAACUGGUGUGGGCUAAGUGCAGAGGUUAUCCCUGGUAUCCAGCAUUGAUUAUUGAUCCAAAAAUGCCAAAGGGCUUUAUCUACAAUGGGGUACCUUUGCCAGUCCCCCCACAAGAUGUCUUGAAUCUCAAAAAGAACUUCUCACAUGAGCCAGUGGUAUACCUGGUUCUCUUCUUUGAUGUGAAAAGAACGUGGCAAUGGCUGCCACCGAACAAACUUGAAUUGCUCGGCAUAGAGAAAGAAAUUGAUGAAGGGAAAUUGGUGGAAUCCAGAAAACCAACAGAUAGGAAAGCGGUGAAGAAAGCUUAUGGUGAUGCAAUGCAGUUCAGGAAAGAAGUUGUUGGAGAUAAAUGACAAAGGCUUAGAUAUAGGCAGCGCAGACGGCCUAGAAAAAGAGUUUUCAAUUUUGGAAUGUUCUCUAGCAUGAAGAUCAAAACACCAGAUAGUACGGAGAGCAGUGAUUAUUGAAGUGUCUCUGGAAUUGUUGUGCCAAAGAUCUGACCUUCAUCAACAGAAGCACUGUUACCAUGAACUUUAGCCAGUGUAAGUUUUAGGUAAUAUUUUCUUACUUUAGAUCAAAUUUUAUUUGCACAGAAUGCCAUAAAAAUCCGCCACAGUGGUGUCUUUUUGUAAUGUGCAAGAAUUAUUAUGUUUUAGUUUAAAGGGUGCCACAGCUAGUGAAAUUAUUGGGCUAAUGGUUUUUAACAUUGAAAGUCUGAAAAUGACACAAUUCCGUUGCACCCUCUCAAUUUUCCGUUUUUACAUGGACCCUUUGUACUGUACUGCUAUUUAAUUGGCCAGGGUGUUGCUUGUCUCGCCACAAUUUUGUAUAAAAACCUAACCUAACCUAAAAACAGUACAAUUAUGGUCCAUCUGUAAUGGAAUCUUAUAAUUCUACUGAUCUUGCUGACAUGUUUUACAUUUUUAUUAAUCAACCCGACAUUUCAGGGGAUUCCUUAAAAUGAUUACUUGCAAAGGCAAAGAAACGUCGGGUAAAUAAAUAAUAAAACUGUAAUUUUUACCAAACAUCUGAUCUGAAAGUUGAGUCAUAAUUACACGCGAUGCAAUCCUUUAAAAGUAUUUCAUUCAAAAGUGUAUUACAAAUGUGUGUUGAAGUUGACAAUUCACUCACUCAACUGAGGCGAGCUGACACCUGGUAUUGAAUGUUCAUUGGCCACAUAACGAUCACAAGAUAUAUAUGAAGAAUGAUUUAAUAGUAAUUAAUUGUAAUAACUUAAGGUAGGGACUCUGGUAAUUAGCUCACUGCUAAAAAUAAACCUAAUUAAACACAUCUCACCUUGUAAAGGUAAUUGUAGCGAUGAGGCAUUGUUACUAACUCCAGUAGAAUUUGGAUUAAGAUAUUAUGCAUUAAAAUACUCUAUUCCCUAUAGUAGUAAUACUGUAUUACAUAUUUCACAGUAAGAACACAUGUUAUGAUUGUUCUAAUAUGGCAGUACCAAGACUAUGAAUUGUAAACAUAAAUGUUAAAAAUAUUUAUUAAUAUGAAUAUUUGAGUUAAUAAUGGAUAGAAUCCAGAAGUAAAGUAUUAAUUGUAUUAAAUAAGUUUUAGAAUAAAAUAACAAUAAUGUGUGUGCUCUAAAAGUAUAGGUAGGUUCGGGCGAGGUCUAAAAAUGUUUAUCAGUUGUUAAAUUAGAUUCUUUAUCACAUGUGUGCGCAGUAAGGUCUAAAAUGCUAUAUCUUGGAUCAUAUUAUCUACCUAAACAAAUCAAUGAUAUAAAAUAUUGUCGACUUUGUGACAUUGAUAUGUAACUGCAAUUGUAAACCAUAACAACAUUCUAAGACCGCGAUUGUAAAUAAGGUAUUAUACUUGUGGUUUUGUUUUCAUGCAAAUGAAGUUUUUUAAACAAUAAUUGUUAUUGGCUAUAAUACUAAUAGACAGAAUUAGAAAUAGGUACAUAGAAUAGCACAAUACAAAUUUUAUAUUCUGAGUGCCACCCUAUAUACAAACCUUAAUCAACAUUUACUCCACCCAUGCUUUUUAAAUCCUCUAUUAAAGAUUCUAAAACUGUUAGCUUAUUGCCAACAUUAAAACACCCAAUGUCCUAAUAACCAUUACAUCAUCCAGAAGAGUGUUGUAGUGAAAUUCAGUACAACAUCACAACACUCGUUUGGGUGUUGUAAUGAAAUUCAGUACAACAUUACAACACUCGUUUUGGUGAUGUAAUGGUUACUAGGACUGGCUUUUUUAAUGUUAGCUUACUGCUGUUUCAGAAUCUUUUAUAGAUGAUUCAUAUUAUGGGUGUAGAUAAAGUCUUGUAUGCAACUGUUGAUAAUUAGGUGUUACUAUUAUUAUCAUGUGAUACUAUUAUUACACUCUUCUCCUGUUGUGAUGAACCCACAUUCGUGUUUUAAUACCCCUCAUUACACAAUAGUUGCAUAAAUAACUAAUACUAUCCAGGUAAAUGUGUUUUUUUAGAAUUGUUAUUAUUACAAAAACACCUUCACUGCAUUAUUGAUGGAUACGAAUUUUAAUUUAGUCAUUGUUAUUGACAUGAUUUACUUUUUAAAUGAUAUUCAUAUGUUAGUGUAUACAUAUAGGUUUAACUAGGUUAAAAAGGUUAUAUUUUCUUAUACUCAUAAGGCGGCUUUGUUACACAUUUGCAGUUGUCUAAUUAAUUCUGAUCUAUUUCACUCCAAAAAGAUAUUAUAUUCACUUAUAAUAAAGCUGAUUGUUUAAAAAUUCAAAAUGUAUUUAAAUAUUAAAUAGAUUGUCCUAUAAAUAGUUUCACAAAGCAUAGCUACUAAAAAUUUAUUCAAGCCAAUAUUAUUUAUAGCAACAUUGUAAGUCUUUUAAGCUUAUUCAAAUUAAUGUCGUCUUGCUACUGUUGUCUCUACAAUACACAUUGACAAGAGUUAGAGUCGAUUCAUUCAUUGCUAAUUUAUAUUAUGAUAUCUGAAUGCAUAAUUGAUAAUUCUCAAUGUUUAAUGUAUAAUAGUUUAAGUUUUAUACUGAAUAUUAGAAGGUAGAAUAGUAGUUAGGUAGUACUAUUUUAUAUAUUUAUUGUAACCUUAAAUAUGUUUGUUAAACUUGUGUGCUUGUCUGAAAAUAAACUAGUGAAAUUUUAA